ACUUUAUCCUUGUUGUCUGUCCUGCUCACUCAGACCUCACAGGAAACCUGCGGCUCCCCCAACCCUCCGCCUCUGCCUCGCCUUCCCACACUUUACUUCCACACAGCCCUGCAGCUCCAGAGAGCCUGACCAGAGAGGAUGGCUGCAUCCAUGUGGCGGAUGAAUGGGCAACACAGAAGAAUUGCUGGAGUUCUGCUGCUCUGGAUUCUGCUUAGUUGUGAGGUGAUGUGCCAAGACGAUGCAACAGAUGCACCUACUGUGACGGAUGCUGCGGAUCCUCCGGCAGAUCCUCCUGCCGAUCCCCCCGCCGAUCCCCCGGCCUCCCCUGACGCCCCUGAUGCCCCUGAUGCCUCCGUGGCCCCGGAUGCAGGCUCCUCUGGAACCGUUAAGGCUGCUGACCCCGCCGGUACCACCCCCGCUGCUGCUGCUGGAGACUCCUUCACGGUGGUCACCGUAGUCGUGCCGGGACACGUCCCGGAAGCAGGAACCACAAACAUUCCUGCUGCCACGGACGCUGCAGACUCUGAUGCGCAGCCGGCUGCUGUUAUUCCUGCUGUGACCCACAAACCCAUUGUGCCUGAAGUGAAGUGUGUUGCAAAGGAGGACAUCUCAGAGAGCGGUGCUGUCAAGGCGGAAGUAUCAACAGAUGACUGCGAAGCAACAAAACGUGUGAUUCAAGAGAACCCUGCUGCCUGGUGCCAUUCGGAAAGCUGCAAUAUAAACAUCUUCCAGGACGAGAAAACAUUGUUUGUGACCAGCAGCGAUGCUAACUUGGGUACUUUGGCUGAUGCACUCCAGAGUGAGAGUUUGAAAGACAAGUUGGGUGUGACGAAGACUGAGACGCCGUCAUCGUCAGGCUCCUCUGUGUUCGUGGGAAUACUGGUCACUGGUCUGCUCGCCGCCAUCGGCAUCACUGUCGGCUACUUCAAAUGCAAACGCAGAGCUGACACCAAGGGAGUGAAGCUGGCAGAGGAGGGUUUCCCCGUGGAUCAGGAGAGUCAGGGCAACACCCUGGUGUCCGACGCCCCUCUCAACCCCCCACCUGAAACCCAGGAGAAACCCAGCGUAAACGGAGAGUCCACCGAGGCGGCCAAGAGCCCUCCCCCCACCAACGGCCACUCCACCGCCAAGACAGCAGACACGGAGCUGUGAGAAACCGUCCCAGGGAAAGUGCAGUCCACAAACUUCCUCCACAAACACCUUCAUCCACGCAAAUUCAUUCAGGUCAAUUCAAAGAAAUUCUGAAUCCGAUCCGGCCCAGCCACAGAGGCCACAGCAAAGUGGACGCUGAUUCCAACGACCUCCUCUGUGUUGCUGCUGCCCUCUUGACUCCUCCUCAGGCUGCUGCCUCAACACACACCAGGGAAGCGGGUCUGAUGAUGAUUACAAUAGUAACAAACACGAAUGAUGUGGAUGGUGACGAAGGCUCAGUCCCUGGGUGGUUGAAGGCAGUCAGGCUGUAAACCAGAGAGGAGACUGGCAGCACCGGGCUUGAAGAAGGUGUAUAAGUGUGUGUGUAUAAGUGUGUGUGUGUAUAAGUGUGUGUGUUUGUGUUGAUCAGCACUGAUGGCUGCAGCCUCUGGAAACCCCGCACUUCCUCCACUUCAUAGCUACUUCCUCUCCCUCCACUACUAAACACAUUACAAGCACACGAGUAAGUGUUGCUUAGGUUUACAUUAAGCCAUAACACUUGGCUCACACCUUGUGUGUCUGACUGCAGGUGAGGGAAUAUGUGCAUGCAUGUGUGCUGCAUUUGUGUGUGUUAAUACAUACUUACAUCACUACUGUGUAUAUGUUGUAAAUAUCUCAGUACACGCAUCUAAGGCUCUGUUGCAUAUUGUACUGUAAUGUCUGGGAACGUGAUCAUGACUGGCAGACUCUCUAAGCAACUGGUUGAAUGAUUAGCAUGAAUGUGCUUGUGACAUUAGCCAUGAAAACACCAGCUGGUGGAAGGAAAGUAGAAGUUUUACAUGAUACUUUCUCAAAGUUUUUGCAACCACCACGGCAAACUGUUGUGUCGUCAGUCACAAAAGGAAAAAGACCUGUUUACUGCUUCCUGCCAGCUCGGUAAUCUUAUUUGUCAGUGCUAAUCUCAUUUAAGUAUAUGUUAUGUAUAUGCUACACUUGUAUGUUAACUUUUAUGUGCCACAUGUUCUAAUUUCAUAACUCAUUUUGUACUUAAAUAUAUAUAUGUUUGUGGCGUCGUAAUCAUUCUUGACCUUGGAUAUAAGUGAGACAAAUGUACUCAAGGGCUAUGGUAGUUUGUUUUUUUUUCCUUCCUUUUUUCCCCUUUUCUCUCAACAUAACUGAUAUUAAAAAAAAAAAACAACAAAGAUGCCUUACAUUGAUUUAUCAUAUUGGUCAAUUUUGUAUCUUUCAUUCCAACGUGACUGUGUAAUUUUACUAGCAUCAUGUACUUUAAAAUGGAUUUAACAUGAAACAAUAAAAUAAAAAAUGAA